AUGGAGGAGGCAGAAAGCAUCACCCUGCAGCAGGAGGAGGAAAAAGAGAAUAUCAGUGCAGAAGGGGAAAGCGCAAAGACAUAUCGUGGUUUUAAUACAGCUGUCUCCCUACAGCAGGAAGAGAAGAGCAACUAUGAGAUCUAUGAGGAAUCUGGUCCCCUGGCUACAGUUACUAGCCAGAUCCUUGUAGCUGCGGCUGGUCUGACAGACACAGUGAAAACCAAUGCUCAGGCAGCUGCAGUAAUGUUGACCUCAGUCCUGAAAGAGCAGAGGCACAAUAUUAAGGAAAAGGUGCCAGAGAUCAUGGAUAGUAUUUAUUUCCACCUGCAGGCUAUCCAGGAGGCCAGUGCCAGACAGGCUGCUACGGGUGCUGUGUGUUUAUUAGCUGAAAAGCACACAAGAGAAGUAGUCUCAGCCCUACUGAGACUCUCACUCACAUGUGACAGCCAUGUCAGUCAGAUCUGGGAGGCCCUAGGCAAAGCCAAAAAAAGUGUCAGCCUCCGGGUGCUUGCUGAGCUCCUGGAGAUGCUAAAAAGAAGACCAUGCCUCAAGAAGAGUGAAACCUCUGAGUCAAGAAAUAGCUUUGAGGAUAAUGCCUCUCUUUUGCCUCUAGCUGCAACAAGGGCCCUGUGCAUAAUAUUCAGUAAUAAAGAAUGCAAAGUGCCUAUGGAUGCCUUUUAUGUAUCUGUGUUAAUCUUCCUGAUCAUUCAGCUGCAUUACCUGGUGAGCCUCCCAAAGGUUGUGUGUGGCUGGGAGGACAGGUUCCAAACAUCCAGCUUUGUGAGCUGUGCAGUGGAGACUCUGAAAGCUGUGAUUAAAAGAGAAAAAUCCUCUUUGAUGCAAUCUGUGAGUCUGGGAGGAGGCUGGGACCUUUUAUCCAUGCCAGAGACUUACCUGGAAGGAGUUCUUCUUCUGGCUAGAGCCAUUGUAAAACACCACCGGAGCCUAGAUUUUGCUGUGUUUACCAGGGUGUGCCCUCUCCUGCACCAUGGGGAUGACAAGCAGAAGCUGACCGCAAUGGCCUUGUUCACAGAGCUUCUCUCUACUGAGUCCACAUAUCUGACAUUAAAAAAGCAAUAUAUUCUGGGCCACCUGAAGAACUGGCACAUUGAUCCAAGUCCUACUGUCCGUUGGUUUGGUCUUCUUGGACUUGGAAAUGUUGCACUUCACCUGCAGAAGCAGAAAGAAGUCAAAGCCCUGCUUACUGAUAUCCUGGAGUCUUUUAAUGACCCUGAGGAGAAGGUAAUUCUGAUGGCUUUUGAAGCUGCUACCAAAAUUGUCACCCGCCACAAGCACAAGGGCCAUCUUGGCACAGAAUUUGUGAAAACUGCCAGACAGCUUCACCCAUUCCUGGCUGACGAGAGGCACAAAAUAUGCUGUGCUGCAACUGAGCUUUUUGGGGAUCUGCUCAGGGCCCUGAAUAGGAAAGAUAAAUCUCUCAUGCAGGAGCAGGUCCUCAGCAGUAUGGUCCCACUGCUCCUGAAUCUGCAGCAACAGCAUCCUGAUGUGAUCAAGAGCUGUACAGACACCUUACAGGAGUGUAAAGUCUUCUUGGGAUGGACCUUAAAUGACAACCAGGAGUCCUGGGACACUAUCUGUGAGCAUCUUAUCGAGCAAUACCCAGGAAGACUAUGGAUCUUCUUACAUCAGGCCCAAGAGUAUCUCAGAAGCCCAUGGACUUCUUCAGGAAGAGCUGCCGGCAUAUUCAUAGACUUCAUAAUCCAGCAUAUGGAAUACAGCCUAGUGGAAAAAGAAGCCAUAGAUUUAUUGCAGUGUGUUGCCAGUAUCACCACUGAGGAGAUGGAGCGAGUACGCAGGCCUUACCCAGCACCAUGUGCCAUGGCCUGCUGCUUCCUGUGUUCUUGUGGAUUUGCUAUUUGA